AUGCCUCCUCAAACAUGUGAACACGCCGACAAAACAAUAACUUUAGAAUCGCAUCCACACAUUUCUGGUUUAACUUUAGCAACUAUCCAUCCAUGCAGACACGCACCUGUUAUGAAACGUUUAAUUGAACAAUUUCAGGAAAGUGGGAAAGAAUUGCUUGUUAUCGAUUAUUUGUUUGUUUUUCUAAAAUUUGUACAGGCAGUAAUUCCAACUGUUGAGUAUGACUACACUCGUUCAAUUCACUUUUGA